AUGGUCUGUGUAACCCAGUGUCUGAAACCCAUGGACUGUGCAACCCAGUCUCUGAAACCCAUGGACUGUGCAACCCAGUCUCUGAAACCCAUGGACUGUGCAACCCAGUCUCUGAAACCCAUGGACUGUGUAACCCAGUCUCUGAAACCCUUGAUCUGUGUAACCCAGUGUCUGAAACCCAUGGUCUGUGUAACCCAGUGUCUGAAACCCAUGAUCUGUGUAAUCCAGUGUCUGAAACCCAUAGUCCGUGUAACCCAGUGUCUGAAACCCAUGACCUGUGUAACCCAGUGUCUGAAACCCAUGACCUGUGUAACCCAGUGUCUGAAACCCAUAGUCCGUGUAACCCAGUGUCUGAAACCCAUGGUCCGUGUAACCCAGUGUCUGAAACCCAUGACCUGUGUAACCCAGUCUCUGAAACCCAUGGUCUGUGUAACCCAGUGUCUGAAACCCAUAGUCUGUGUAGCCCAGUGUCUGAAACCCAUAGUCCGUGUAACCCAGUGUCUGAAACCCAUGGUCCGUGUAACCCAGUGUCUGAAACCCAUGACCUGUGUAACCCAGUCUCUGAAAACCCAUGGUCUGUGUAACCCAGUGUCUGAAACCCAAAGUCUGUGUAACCCAGUGUCUGAAACCCAUGACCUGUGUAAACCCAGUGUCUGA